GACGACGGGGGAAAGCGGCGGCGGCGGCGGCAGCGGCGGGAGCCCCACCGGGGGUCUGGGACUGGGAACUGCCACCGGCUUCGCGCCUCCAAGCUCCAGGUCUCCCGUGUUCCAGCAAUAGCAACAUUGCUGGCCUCACCCUUCACUGGUCUCUCACCGGUCUCAGUGUGCCCAGCGAGCCCCAGUUCCUGGUCCUGUCUCUCCCAUGUGGCUGUGCCCUGGAGAUGCCAACAUGGACAGAGUAGCCUAUGAUGCUCACCCCCACCCACCACUUCCGAGACAUUGAGCGGAGACCAGAGUACCUCCAGCCAGAGAAGUGCGUGCCACCGCCCUACCCUGGGCCCGCGGGAACCAUGUGGUUUAUCCGCGAUGGUUGUGGCAUCGCCUGUGCCAUCGUCACCUGGUUCCUGGUCCUCUACGCAGAAUUCGUGGUCCUCUUUGUCAUGCUGAUCCCAUCCCGAGACUACGUGUACAGCAUCAUCAACGGAGUCGUGUUCAACCUGCUGGCCUUCCUGGCCCUGGCCUCACACUGCCGGGCCAUGCUCACGGACCCCGGGGCAGUGCCCAAGGGAAAUGCUACCAAGGAGUUCAUCGAGAGCCUGCAGCUGAAGCCCGGGCAGGUGGUGUACAAGUGUCCCAAGUGCUGCAGCAUCAAGCCUGACCGCGCUCACCACUGCAGUGUUUGCAAGCGGUGCAUCCGCAAGAUGGACCACCACUGUCCAUGGGUCAACAACUGCGUCGGCGAGAACAACCAGAAGUUCUUCGUGCUGUUUACAAUGUACAUAGCGCUCAUAUCCUUGCAUGCCCUCAUCAUGGUGGGAUUCCACUUCCUGCACUGCUUUGAAGAAGACUGGACGAAGUGCAGCUCCUUCUCCCCACCUACCACGGUGAUCCUCCUCAUCCUGCUGUGCUUCGAGGCACUGCUCUUCCUCAUCUUCACAUCAGUGAUGUUCGGGACACAGGUGCACUCUAUCUGCACGGACGAGACGGAUUGUUCCCCAUAUGGAAGGCUCUUGUGGGGAACAGAAAAUUUAGAAGUAGGCACACAAGACCCUGCCCAGGUGGACCUGAGCUGUGCAAAUGCCCUGCACACUUCCGGCCAGUCCCCUCUGCUUGCAGAAGAGAUGAAGGCAGAGGCCCCGGGGGGUCUGUGCCUCCAGAGCGGUCACGACCUGGCUGUGUCCUUAAUCCCUUUGGGCUCCCUCUGCCCAGCACCCUAUUUCUGUGGCCUGGUGGCCACGCUGCAGCCGGCACUCAGAGACAGGGCAUCGAGCGCUUGCAGCGCAAGGACCAGCCCCGGCAGCAGGUGUGCCACUGGCAGCUGGCAAAGGACACCUUCGGCGGGGACUUUUCCCUCAGCUGGUGCAACCCCUUCUCGGGACAGCCGGAGAUCCCCCCUGACAAGGACUUGGUACGGCAGGCAUCCCACUCCGACAUCGACGUAGAAAACACCGAGAGCACAGAGGAGCCAUCGGAGGCCAAGAACGUGGACGUGGAGGAGAUAGAUGAUUAGCUGCCCUUGUGACUGUGCACUAAGGGCCGCUGCCAGCUGGGCCUGCGUGUGGCUGUGGUGCCCCGCCCAGCCCGUCCCUCUGCCCUGGGCCCUCCUGCCUGCCUGUCCCUGGGCUGGGGGACAGGGCAGCGGAUGACACUGGGCUUCUCUAAGUUCAUGCAGCACUCAGAGCAUCAGGACAGCAGACCUUGGCCCACUGCCUGUCUUGGUGAAGGAAGACAUGGCCACCAUAACUCCCUCCAGGGGAGAGGACCCCCGACAUACACACUCCCCCAGUCACACAAACAAUCAUGUAUGCACAGGGAGCACCCUCCAGGAUGGAGAAUGUACAGGGCUAGUAGUGCUAGACCCAAGGUCAUGCCCAGCCCAGAACUCUGGGGUCCUCCCUGAGGGAGCCUGGAGCUGCCCAAAGGAGCACCAGGGAGACCCACUCAUGAUGGGACGAGAAUGUCCUCCUGAGGGGUGCAGGGACACGUGGCCAGCUGAGCAGGACCCCCUGCAGGUCAGCCUGUUCUCCGAGAGUGCAUCUGUCCCAUGAAGAAGAGCUAACGGCCCCACCCUGCAGACAGUUAGACCCAGGGACAGGACCCCCACCACCGCCUGGAAAGCUCAGCCUGCAUGGGACAGGGGUGUCGGGGUGUCCUGUGCCCCUGAGCUCACUGCCACAGCCGCUAAAGCCCCCUCUGUGUAGCUGCUGUGUGAAACAUGCUUCUGGUCCAACAUCUUUCGUCUGGCCUGUGUCCCUCUAGCUGUGUCCCCAGCAAUGGCUGCAGCAGCCCUGGAGGAGGCCUGCCCUGCCAGCCUCCAUGUCUAGGCCUCUCCAGACAUCAGGAGAAAGGGUCAGCUACUGUCUGGAGCAGUGGCCUCACCUCAGGCAUCUCAGAUGCUCUCUGGUGACAGCAACUUGUCCCAGCACAGUCCCCAGGCUGACCCCCAGACCUUGUGGUUACCUCCUCCAGGGACAAGGGCCACCCCCUCCUAACCCUCACCCAGAGCGCUCCUGCCUAGCCUGCAAUAGGGUGGUGGCUGGGCCUAGCAGCAGCAAGCAGAGCGGCCUGAGUGUGGCACGUGGGAGGGGUGAGGAGACACCCAGACCAGCUCACCGGGUGCUGGCUGUGAGGCCUCUGUGGUCUGCACUCUGAACAGCCCUAGGCCAGCUGUGUACUAAAAAGGCUUCACACGGGAUGAAGCAGGCCUGGUCCCCACAGGAAGGAGGGAUCAUGGUCAUUGUCACUGAAGUCACCUCGAGUAGGAGGUGUGCAUACAACCCUGGGGCCUUGGGAAAGCCCUCUAUACAGGUUGGUGGCAGCCAGGGCUGCCUGUGUUUCCAGUUACUGGAAAGAAAGGCAGGGAGGAUGACGCCUGCCUCUCCCUCCCCUAGGUCAUGAGGGAGUCACCUGUCUAAACUGAGCCUGUGCUCCCACUCUGGGGACACAUGGUGGUGACCGUCUCUCCAUGGUGGCAGCUGCCACAGAACUUUCCCUGGAGCAUCAGCACCAGGCAGUCUCUGUGGGUCUGAGCCUGGCCUCUCUCCUGAAUAAACAGAUCUCUCGGCCUUGUGGUCCUGGGGGAAGUGCCUUCCUCAUGGGUCACCUUGGGGGCUUCAGAGAGGCUACUUUGCCGUGCUAUGUUCUGGUGCACAGGUGUCAUGUGACCCCCACCACAGCUGUGUGGUUUUGCCUCUUGGCACCCAGAUGCUGCACCGUGGUGGUGCCAUGUGCAACCCCCACAGGGACAGCCCCUGCUGACCCCCACACACUGGCCUGACGCGGAACAACCUGACUCUGCACCAUGCAGCCCUGCCCAGGACACAGCCCGCAGGGUGGGAGACCUGGGGGGGUUCAAGGACACAGCCCCAGGGACACCCUGCAGCUCAGUGGCGUGAAGGACAGUGACUAGGUCCAGCCAGAAGCAGUAAGUUUAAUUGAAGGCAUCCCAAUCAUCACGAGCAGCUUGGGAGCGGAUGGAGCAGGAGAGAAGCGGCUUCUAGGUGGCGGGCAGAGGGGCGGGGCUGCACCUGAGCCAGACCUUCUGAGACUUCUACCUGGGUGUCCCUGGGCAGCUCCCUGCAGGGCCACCCACAGGCCAUGGAAAUCCAGGGGGAUCCUGUGCAGGCAAACCCAGGGCACCAGGAGAUGCCAUCCCAGGCCCGGUGUGGCCGCUCUGCCUGCAGCCGUGGGCCCCUGGCUUCCUGAUCUCAUGGCACCCGCGCUGCUUUUGGAAGCCACAGCCCGAGAGGCUGGGAGCUCCAGCCAAGCAGCGCGGCUGCCUUCAAACUCUCUUGUGCCCCUGGCUCCUGACUCUGUCCUGUGUGCGUGCGUGUGUG